CCCGGUCCCUCUAUAAUGCGGCCCCGCCGCUCCCCUCCCCCCACCGCGAUGCCGCCGCUCGCCGACCCCGAAGCCCCCCCGCUGCCGCGGGACCGGGACGGGGACAAGGACCGGGACCGGGACAGGGACCGGGGCCGCCGCCGCCUCCUGCUGCUUCUGGCCGCGCUCGAGCCGCCGCCCUCGGAGCCGCCGCCCUCGGAGCCGCCGCCGCCGCCGCGCUGCUGGGGGCGCUGCCGGGGGGGGCCCCGCCGCAGGCUGCCACGGCCGCCCACCAUGCUGCUGAGCGCUGGCUCGCUGGCGCUGCCCUCAGGACCCAGCUGGCGCUACGAGGAAGGCAUCAGCGGCGUCUUCCUCAGCGAGGACGUGCAGGUGACAGCGGGGAAGCUGCGGGUGACAGCAGGUGGCCUCUACCUCCUCUACGGCCAGUUCGCCCUCACCUGCACGGCGCCCACCUGUCCCCCCGGCACUGUCACCCUCCAGCUCUGGCGCGCCGGCUCCCAGCGCCCGUUGCUCGCCAUCCCGCUGGUGCUGGCCGGAGGUGCAGGAUCCAACCCGGAACGUUCUGGAUUGAUCCAGGCCAUUGGGCAGCUCCAACCUGGGGACGUCCUGAGCCUGGCGCUGGACAAGAAUGUGGCUGAGGACACAUGGCAGCUGGCGCAGGACGAGCGGGAGGGCAACUUCGUGGGGUUGUUGCGUAUCGCUGGGGGGUGACAGGGGGUGGCCAGGGGGUGAGGAGUGGGGCUGGGGGCUGGUCAGCCUGCUGGUCGGAGGUUGGGGAUGUCAGGGGACACUGUUGGCCUCCACGCCUGGAGAUCUGGGUCCCAAGACACCCCCACACCCAGGGAUUUGGGGACAUCAAGGGACACUGUUGGCCUCCAUGCCUGGAGGUGUGGGGACAUCAAAGGGCACUGUUGACGCCCACACCUGGAGAUUUGGGAGCAUCAAGUGAUGUUGAAGACCUGGAGGUGUGGGGACAUCAAGGGGCACUGCUGGCCUCCAUGCCUGGAGAUCUGGGUCUCGAGACACCUGCAUGCCUGGAGGUUGGGGACAUGAAGGGACACUGUUGGACUCCAUGCCUGGAGAUUUGGGAGCAUCAAGGGAUGCUGAAGACCUGGAGGUUGAGGACAUCAAGGGACACUGUUGACUUCCAUGCCUGGAGGUGUGGGGACAUCAAGGGACAUUGAAGACCUGGAGGUUGAGGACAUCGAGGGACAUUAUAGACCCCCUAUACUUGACUAUUUGGGGCUGGAGACCCCCCCGCCUGGGGGCUGGGGACAUCAAGGGCCCUCGGCCAUUUGGGGACCCUAGUGCUGGACACUUGGGGACACCAAGGGAUGUCACAGACGCCUAUUUUGGGGACCACGGACACCCCCAUGUCCAGAGAUGGGGGGGGUCCCUGCUGGUCCCAGCCCCCCUUCUUCUCCCCCAGCCGGCCUGGGGGGGGUGCCGGGGGAUCCCCUCCCCCCCUAAAUUAUUACCUGGCGCUUGGAGCCACUUUAUUUAUUGUUUAAUAAAUUUAUUUAUGAUUC